CUUUGUCUUCAACCAGGCCCCUACCAUCUCAUGCAAAGCUGAUUGUAAAUUGUAUCUAAAUUUGGUUUGAGUUCCGUUGUCUAUAAAUACCUUCUUUGUAUCUUUGUAAUGGCAGAAGAUAGCCUCCUUUAGAAAUCCUUAUGACCUAUGUAAAGAGUUUGUUGAAUCUAAUAAUAUAUGUCUGUUUGUUGUAUCUAGUUUUCUGUUCUAUAUUUCUUUAGCGUUAUAUUUUCUUAACCAGUUGCCAUAAUAUUCUUACACCCUCUUUCCCUCUCUCUUCCACUCUCUAUCUAUAGAUUGGUACUGCCUCUAGGCAUUCAUUAACCACCGAACACAAAACAAAUUAUUGUACUACUGCCUCUAGGCAUUCGUUAACCACCGAACACAAAACCAAUUAUUGUUGUGAGGGUCAGAAUAAGAUCUCUGCAUUCUUUGAUAAAAUCAUCAAGUAACUUCAUAAUGGAUGUGCACUAUAAGAUUCCAAUGAUGAUAUAGUUUAAUUUGUCCAUUUGUGGUUACCGCUUUUUUAACUUUUAUUAGUGUUUGUUUGUCCAUAAAAGGAUCCUCCUCCUCGAGGGAGAACCGGAUCAAGAAAGUAUACAUAUACAGCAGGGGAAAUCACUCGGAUUUCAAGCGACUUUAUACCAACAAAUAAGAUCAAGCGAAGAUGUCUACUUCCAGAAGCUCAAAACUUCAUGUAGCCAUGUUUCCCUGGUUUGCCUUUGGCCAUUUCACUCCAUUCCUCCAUCUCUCCAACAAGCUUGCAGAGAGAGGCCAUAGGGUAUCCUUCUUACUUCCCAAAGGAGCACAAGCAAAGCUACAACAUCUCAACCAUUAUCCAAACCUUAUCAGCUUCUCUCCCCUUCUCGUUCCCCAUGUAGAUACCCUACCUCCUGGAGCCGAGACUGCCUCGGAUGUUCCUUUUUCACUUCAUAUGCAACUUGCUAUUGCUUUUGACCGAACCCAAAACCAAGUUGAAACCAUUCUUACCACUCUCAAGCCUCACUUCAUCUUCUUUGACUUCAGUUAUUGGUUGCCAGCCCUUGCACACCAACUUGGCACCAAGGCCAUAGCCUAUUCCGUGGUAAGCGCGGCCACAAUCGCAUUCAUUAUGGUUCCCGCUAAGAAGAUGGAAAAGGAUAUGACUAAUGAAGAGCUAAUCCAACCGCCUUCAGGCUAUCCUUCUUUGUCAGUGGUGUUCAAAUACAAGGAGUUCGAAAUUGCAACAAUAAAAAUACUUGCUGAAGAUCAUGGAACUGGGGUGCCCAUGUACUUUCGAAUUACAUCUAGCAUAAAAGAGAGUGAUGCGGUUGCCUUUAGAACAUAUCAUGAGGUUGAGGGGCCAUAUUGUGACUAUCUAAGGCAGCAGUACGCUAAGCCUGCGUUGCUAACGGGACCUGUCCUGACUGAAACACCAGAAACAAAGCUAGACGAAAAAUGGACUAAAUGGUUAUGCAAUUUUGAGCAAGGUACUGUGGUGUAUUGUGCAUUUGGGAGUCAAAAUAUACUACAAAAGGACCAGUUUCAAGAGUUGCUUUUGGGAUUCGAGCUAUGUGGGCAGCCAUUUUUGGUGGCUCUUAAGUACUCCAGUUGGAUGCGCAACAAUUGAAGAAGCUUUGCCAGAGGAGUUUGUAGAGAGAGUUAAAGGGAGAGGGUGGGUGUAUGGGGGUUGGGUGCCACAAACAUUGAUAUUGGAGCACCCAUCUGUAGGUUGUUCUGUGACCCAUUGUGGUUAUGGGUCCAUGUGGGAGUCUCUUCUUAGUGAUUGCCAAAUAGUAUGUGUUCCAUACCUUAAUGAUCAAAUUUUGAAUGCCAGAUUAAUGGUGGAAGAACUCAAGGUUGCAGUGGAGGUGGAGAGAGAAGAUAAUGGUUGGAUUUCAAAGCAGAGUUUGAGUGAGGCCAUUAUCUCUGUGUUGGACAAUAACAGUGAAGCAGCUGGGAUAGUGAAACAUAAUCAUGCCAAAUUGAAGAAGGUAAUUACUAGCGAAGGCAUGCAAGAGAGAUAUUUGGACACUUUCAUUCAGAGCCUACAAGGUCUUUUGGAUUGACUUGAGUGACUGUAUGAACUCAACUACAUCUUAAUCACUUUCACUUGCCCGAAGAAGAGCAGUAGAUGUUAGUUGUUGGCUGCUGCUAGAGUCCAGUGCACACACGGCAAGUCCUACAUCAGAUGUAGAUUAUUAAGAGCUAUCUUUUAUUGAUUUUAUCUAUUGCCAUUAUUUUUUAUUUAAUGUGUUGAUGUUAUUGGUUUGAGUGCUCGUAGAGUCGUUGAUGAUUGAUUAAUGUGGGGUAACAUUUGAUGAUCCUUAUCAAUUAUCCAUAUCCUUUGCUUGUCCUUAUCA